AUGGCGGCGGCCGGCCGGGAGCAGGAGCGGGACCUGGCGCGCUUCGUCUACGUGACACGCUUCGGCUCGCACCGGUGCGGCGGCAUCUUGCAGCUCGGCGGCCGCCGGGCUCAGGGCCGCGGGAGCACCGGGCGCGGGGCCGACUGCAGCCCCGAGGAGCCGCGGGCGGCGGCUCCGGCCGGCGCGGAGCUGACCCCCGGCCCUCGGUCCCGGGCCCCCGCGGCCUCCCCGCCGGCGCGGGCGUCGAGCGCGCGGAGCUGUCCCCGGCCGGCGGCGCGAGCAGCCUUCCGGCCCAGCUGCGGCGGAGCCAGCCCAGCGGUAACCCCGAGCGGCCUGCGGCCUGGGGGGACCCCUCGGGCCGUGGGCGGCCGGGCUCGACCUCCUGUCAGUCCAGCCGCCUGCGCGGGGCCGAAAUAUGAGGCCCGCGGCUCCCUGGCUUCACGCGAGUCCCGGAUAGCGCGCCGAAAGAAAGGCACGUGCCGGUCAUGUUUAACCCAGAAGAAUUUAGCUAAAAAGUUUGAUUUCCCCAUCCCUUUGAAUGAAGUUUCCAAAAUAAUGAAGAAAAAGAAAAAGAUUUCAGUAUGGAAUAGAGUGUACAAAGUCAUUUCUAGAAUGCUUGAAGAAAAUGAAAAAUUUAGAUUCCGGCUGAAAUGCCAACAACUGUCUUGUGAAAACUUAAAUUACACAAGAUGAAUCUUCUUAUCAUCUUCUGGAUUAACCUGUCUUUGGAUCUGUUUACCAGAGAAGACUCUGAAGAGUUUGAAGAUGGAACUUUCAAUUGAAUCAUAAUUAUAUGUUAAUUUUGGUGUGUUUUGUUGGAAGUGGGACUUUCAUAGUUGAAUAGAAAAACUAUCUUCAUUAUAAAUUCAUAACUGAAUAGGAAAACUACCUUCAUUUUAAAUAAAUUAUGUGUUUCCUUGCAAGUUAUAAUACAGAUUUUUGUUAAAUAUUAUUAUCAUAUGCACACAAGUGUUAUGCAAGUCUUAUUCAAAUGUGAAUUAAUGCUUAUUCCAUAUCUUUCUAAAUUAAUCUUAUACAUAAAAUUUAAAUUUUAUGGUAAAAUUUAAAUUUAAAUAGUAAUAUAAUUGCAGGCAUUUACA